AUGCCACCGAUAUCAUACGCAGCAGCCAUUUCUGGUUUCUUGCUCGCUACUUUAACUUUGAUUCAAGCGAACGGAGAUGCAUUAUGGCUAGAACCGUCCUCCAAAUGGUACGGAAUUGAUGGCAACUGGUCCUCGGUAGGCCUCUACGUUGGAGAGCCUUCCCAACAAGUCGACGUUAUAGUCAGUACCAGUCUCUCUGAGAUAUGGGUCAUUGAAAGCAGCGGCUGCGGCUCAAGCGCUCUCUGCACCGCAGCUCGUGGAAACGUUUUCAACAUUAGUCAAUCGUCUAGCUGGUCAUCACUUGGGGCUUGGGAACUGGGACUGAACUAUCUAGACCAAGUGGCCAAUGGAGACUACGCUGUGGACGCAGUCACUGUGUACAACGGCCUCUCUCAAAACCUAACGAGUUUAGCGAAACAAGUUGUGGCUGCCAUCAAUGACACGGACUACUACACAGGGUUCUUCGGUCUCGGCAUCACUCCAGGUCGCUUCAAGACGACCGUGGUGCAAAGUCCAAUAGCUGCUAUGGUUGAACGGGAUGCCAUCAUCCCGAGCCACAGCUACGGUUAUACUGCUGGGGCAUAUUAUGGAAGUGCGAUCGGUACGCCGAUGUCUUUAGUUCUUGGCGGUUAUGAUCAGAAUCGCUUUGUUCCGCAUGACACGACAUUCAGUUUAAACUCCACAACACGCCAACCCGAGGCUCUAAUCAGAGGCAUUACAGCAACUGUUUCGAGCGCCGAUCAAGCACCAACUGCAUGGAACUCGACUUCUGUGUCGCUCGCCACGUUCGAUGAGUCGGUCGUUGCUCUCAUUGACAGCUCAACGCCCUAUUUAUGGCUUCCAUCGGCGGUGUGUGAUCACUUCGCUCAGGCUCUCGAUUUGACCUGGAAUGAGACGUUUGGUCUGUACCUGUUCGCGAAUGACAAGACGUACGAAAACCUUUCUAAUACGGACUUGUCUUUCACAUUCUCGUUAUCGAGCAGCGACAAUCGCGACAAUUUCGGAGACCCCUUGAACGUGGCGGGUGUUGUGAACAUCACCAUCUCAGCUAACGCUUUCGCGCAGACGCUUCGGUAUCCUUUCAUGAACUUGUUCGAAUAUGGUGAUGCAGCCACGCCAUAUUUCCCUUUGAGACGCGCGGAUGGCGGCACCCAGGCCAUCAUUGGGAGGUCGUUUUUGCAGGAGGCAUAUCUCAAGACGAACUAUGAGCUGAGCUCCUUCUCCCUCCACCAGGCUUUAUUCCCGGAGAACCCGUCAACCAACACGUCAAUUGUGACUGUCACGAGCUCAGCGGAUAGUCCUUAUCCAGACCCCGGUUCCGGUUCCACCAACCAGCAGGGUCUACACACACCCGCAAUUGUGGGGAUCGUCGUGGCCGCUUCUUUAGCUCUUCUGUCCGCCUUUUUUGUCUUCUGGUGUGUUAGAAGGCGAAAGAGGAGGCAGGGCGGAGCGAUGGUUGAAGUCAACAGCCUGAAAGAAACCACUUCGUCUAUGGAGCCCGAAACGCCAAGGACCCCCGUUGCCAGGAUGUUUUCAAGAUUCGCCAGAAGAUUUCCUGGCAGGAGGAACAAGGGAGACGCGGCGCAUGAGAUGUCAGGAGACAGCACACAUCCCUUGGAAGCUGCUGGGCAGGAAAGGUACGAAUUGGCGGUUCCUCAGGCGCCGGUAGAGCUGGAUGCGACGGAUGCGCAUUCCCUCAAUGCAUUCACCGAUUUCGCGACGGGGGACACAGGCGAUCUCAGCCCGUACGAGAUGGCGCGGCGCAAAAUGGAAAAGCAAUUGCAAGGACCCGUGCCACACUAUACGCCCGGUCCGUCUCCGUUGGACUCGCCCUUGGCCGGGGAUGGAUUCGGCUACGGCCUCGAGAAAGGCUAUCACGAUAUCAGCCCGGUUCCACACUACCGCCCAUCGAACCGGUCCCUCCGCUCCGACAAUACCAGCCUGUCACCCGCUUCGACACCCACACACGAAAACUACUCCUAUUCGAUCCCGUCCCCGAUGACGCCUCAUGGCGAAUGGCCACCAUUUCCCUCGGCAAUGUCAUAUCUGCCUGCCACGAAUACUCCUCCUACUUCCACCACUCUGCCUCGAUCGUUAUCCAGCCCGGGCUCGGCUUACGUAUCAUCGCUGCCUGACACGACGGAACAUCCAUCUAUGAGCAGAUCUGCCUCGUCCAGCGGGACACCAAUGUCCACCAGGGCACAUCUUGCGCCGCCCAAGCCUUCUUUCCAGAGGACGCCAAUUGAUCCAUCAAAAGUUGUCUGUCUGGGACCGCUCCCAGACAACAUUCGACCCCCACAUCCCACAUCAAUGGCGAGAUUGAUAACGCCGAAUGGUCAAACGUUUGUCUUGCCGACGAUACCCUCGGCCGCCGAAUCGCGCCGACAGUCGACAACGGAUACCCUGGGUAGCAAUUAUACCGUCGAGGAGGAGGAACAUAUGAGGGAUGAACAUGACAACGACUGGGGGUUCGGCGGACUCGGUCUGAAAAUAGAGGAAGAGGAAUCAGAGCCCAAGUCUGCACACACUACAGGGACUUUGGACGGGGCGUUUGACUUCAUUCAUAUUCCUGAGCCACCCACUCCGAUAUCUGGUACCCCUAGUACCGGGCGCCUCGAGUCAAGAAUCGACCUUGUCCACGUUCCGACACCGGUCGAUCCAACAGUUGUACCCACAUCGGCCACACAGCGGCUGCACGGUUUCGACCUUGUUCAUGUUCCUCAACCAGCCGAGAGGAGAUACAGCUGGGAAGAGGGAGGCAGCCGGUGA